AUGGUGGUGAUAAUUAUCUAUCUAUCUAUCUAUCUAUCUAUCUAUCUAUCUAUCUACAUUAUUAUUUAUCUAUCUACUUAUCAUAAUCUGUCCGCAUAUUUCUUUUUAUUUCUCUAUCUAUAUUGUUUAUCAUUCUAUAUAUUUCGGUUGUUAUCUAUCUAUCUAUCUAUCUAUCUAUCUAUCUAUCUAUCUAUCCUAUUCCAUUUGCAUGUUCGCAUAUUUCUUUAUCUUCUUUUUCUUUCUUUCUUUCUUUCUUUCUUACUUUCUAACCGAUUCAGUUCGCAUAUUUCUCUCUUCCGUUCUUUCCUUCUUUUAUCUAUCUAUCUAUCUUUCUAUCUAUCUAUCUAUCUAUAUAUAUAUAUAUGUUAUUAUCUAUCUAUUUACCUACUUAUCAUAUCCUGUCCGCAUAUUUACUUCUUUUCAUCUCUCUCUAUCUAUAUUGUUUAUCUAUCUAUACAUUUUUAUUGUUAUCUAUCUAUCUAUCUAUCUAUCUAUCUAUCUAUCUAUCUAUCUAUCUAUCUAUCUUUGUAUCUAUCUAACCUAUUCCAUUUGCAUAUUCGCAUAUUCUUUAUUUCUCGCCUUCUUUUUCUUUCUUUCUUUCUUUCUUUCUUUCUUUCUUUCUUUCUUUCUUUCUUUCUUUCUAACGUGUUCCCAUAUUUCUUUCUUUCGUUUUUUCCUUCUAUCUAUCUAUCUAUCUAUCUAUCUAUCUAUCUAUCUAUCUAUCUAUCUUAUUCUGUUCAUGUCUAUCUAUUUUGGAUUUUGAUAUGUUUUGAUAUCAGAUUUUCAUGA